AAAAUAUUUAUGCAUGCAUCUAUUUUACGACCUAGAAAAAACGUACUGAUUUAGCAAAGACCGUAAAAGAUGCGUAUCAAACAAAAUAUUUUAAUAAAAUUACGUAAGUUUUGUCGGCACAUCUUAAAGUCCCAAGCAAAAAAAACUGAAGUUAUCAUUUUACAGUAUGAGCGUGUAAACGUUAACACGCAUUUGCCUGCAGAGACUGCUGGCUAAAUUAAAUUCAAUAAUUAAGGUCAAUUUUAAUAACUGAAGACAUUUAUUGAAGAUGAAGGAAUGGAUAAAGAUUACCUUGAUUUUGUGUGCGUUCGGCACAUUAAGGGAAAUAAGACCGUCUGAGCCUUUUGUUACCGAGUUUUUACUUGGAGAAUGGAGAAACAUAACUGAGAACCAAUUGAAUCAAGAAGUUUACCCUGUAGGGACAUAUUCAUAUUUGGCACAACUUGUGGUUAUAUUUUUGAUAACCGAUUUUUUAAGAUUUAAACCUGUCAUUAUAAUUUCGGGACUAAGUGGAGUUUCAGUUUAUGCAGUAUUGCUAUGGACAAAGAGCCUACAAUGGCUGCAAGUUUCACAAUUCUUGUACGGAAUGUAUAUGGCCACAGAAGUAGCAUAUUUGACAUACAUUUAUGCUAAGGUUGACUCUGCUAAAUAUGCUGCGGUGUCUUCAUAUACGAGAAUAGCAGCACUCACCGGUCGCUUCCUAUCCGGAAUCAGCUCGCAGUUGUUAGUACAUUAUGAACUCAUGGACUAUCGAGAUCUCAAUUAUAUCACAUUCACAGCUCAGAUCCUCGCGUCUUUCUGGGCGCUGUGGCUACCAUCGGUUCCUUACGGUAUAUAUUUCCACCGCAAGGUGACCGCACAUCAGGUCACUACUAAUAUAGAGGACAAGACCACGUCGGACGAAUUAAAUGUAGACAAGCUUUCGCUUCGCACACAAAUGUGGGAAGCGUGUACAUUGAUAGCGCGUCACGCGCGCUCGGCGUACUCGCGUCCUAAGGUGCUGGCGUGGUCCGCGCUGUACGCGACCGCGCUUGCGCUCUUCGUGCAGGCUCAGACCUACAUACAGCUGCUCUGGAAACAUAUACAGGAGGAAAGUCACACGCCUGUAGCAUACAAUGGUGCGGUGGAAGCACUUCAGACAUUGCUCGGAGCGUUCGGUGCAUUCCUGUCUUCGUACUUCCCUGGAGCAGAACUGCCCGCUCCCGUGUUAGCGAUACAAGGCAUCGCUCUCUUUGUUGCCACAUUUAUACCUAACGUGUUUGUGUCAUACGCUGGUUAUGUUGUCAUGGGAAUGUUCUAUCACUUCAUUAUUACUUUGGCCAGUGCUAAAAUCGCCAGUCAACUGAGCGACGAGAGCUGCUUCGGUCUGAUAUUUGGCAUUAAUACACUAAUAGGCACGGGCCUGCAAUCAGUGCUGACUGCUGUGCUCAUACAGAGCCUGCAUCUACCAAUCACCUCACAGUACUACGCUAUCAGCGGUAUCUUCCUACUAGCAGCUUCCAGUUGGCUGUUUGGUUGGCUGAUAAAUAGUGUCAAACAGAAAAAAAAUAUAAGCAUUAACAACCAGUAUUGA